AUGAGGUUAGAAUACCGAGUGAAGCUUCCAGAUCACGAUUGGGUUGUUGCUAAAAGGCAUAAACUGAUUCUAUCAGUUUAUACAAUAUUAAAUAUGGAGAGAGGUAAGUAUAGAAAUUCUGAAGCAGUAACUUAUUCAGGUUCAACAUUUAUAAGGGUCCAUAGUGGUAAACACGACAGCAGUACUGCCUACUCAUACGGUAAAAACUUUGAUGAACUGAUGGUUGAGGAGAAAUUACACGAUUAUACUAAAAUGGAUGGCCAGCCUAAACCUGUAAUAGUGAUGCUAAGCGAUGGUGUUUUGACAUUAGUGUGGGAAGAUACAAUUAUCGAUGGCUAUCCAGUUCUUGCUAAGUACAUAAAUCCUUCCGAAGAACCCUACUACUUGAGGGAAAAAACAGCAACUUGGAUAGAAAAUCAUUCACAAAGUGUAAUGAUCCAAGUUGUUGUAAACCUUUCCGAAGUGGAAUCCAGCAGAUUCUUCCAAAACGAUUUUUUCUCACCACCACUUCUCACCCAACAGAAACCUCGUAGUAUUUGCGCAGCAAGUAUGAGUAUAUCCGAUAAUACAACUCACUUUAGCAGCUUUCUUCUCUCUGUAUUAAUGGAAGGAAAGUUAAUUCCUCCAGACAUGAAUCUACAGUAUAUUCCUUUCGAUUGGUAUUGCCCAACUGUAAAUAAGUCAAUCAAUGAAUAUCUCUGCUCUUAUUGUAAACGGUAUUUCGCUUUAAAAAAAGCUUUAAAAUACCAUACUCGAGGAUGUCCAUAUAAGCAAUUAAAUUUACUUGUAGAACCUGAUAUGGAUACUCCAGACUUCCAGACGAAUAAUAUAUCUAUUCAUAAUUAUCGGCAUGGUGAAUUCUUAGUUAGUAAUAAAAACUAUGAGGCAAUAUGGGUAGAUGAAGAAGUAAUACCAGAAGACUUAUCUGAAACAUAUCAUCAA